CGUACGUAAAUCGCUCUAGGCGUAACGCUUUAAAACAAGGCCUGUAUAUAUAUAUAUUUAUCACUAAUAGAAAAGAAAAUAACAUUAAAAGAUCUUCAUAAUUUAGCAUCUAAGGAGAAAGUUUCCACAGAUAUAGAGUCUUUACUUGGAGUUUUUAAAAAUUGUGAUGGUGCGGAUGUGGACAUAAAAUGCGAUAAUAGUGGAGUCAUUCAAUCAAUAUUUUUCCAAGAUGCAGAAAUGAAAAGAUUUUUUUCAUUGUAUCCAGAGCUAAUUUUGAUGGAUGCAACCUACAAAUUAACAAAUUUACGCAUGCCAUUAUAUAUUAUGCUGGCUGUAGGACCGAAUGGAGAAAGUGAAAUAGUAACAAUUUUUGUAACUGCAUCCGAGGAUUCAGUAACACUAAGUGAAGUGCUGGAAACAUUUAAAUCAAGAAAUGAAAAAUGGACUAAAAUUGUCACUAUUUUCACAGAUAAAGACAUGGCAGAAAGAGACUCUAUAAGAACAACUUUUCCAAAUGCAGUUUUAUUACUAUGCCUAUUUCAUGUUCUACGAGCAAUGAGUCGAGAAGUUACUGUUUUAAAAAUAGGAAUUUCAGAAAGCCAGCGAAUACAUGCAUUAAAAUCUCUUCAAAAAAUGGCUUAUGCCUCAUCUGAAAUAGACUUUGAAAAACAGAGAGGUGAUUUUGUUGCCAAAAUGCCACAGAGUGUUGUUCGUUAUUUUGAAAAUAACUGGAACAAUUGCAUAACUGAAUGGGUGUAUUGUUGGCAACAGCAGAAUUUAACUUUUGGACAGCGAACUACAAAUAGGUUAGAGUCUGUGAACAGAAAAAUCAAAGCUGUCCCAAAUUUACUUAACCCUCUUCCUCUUUUUUUCAAAGACCUUAUUACUGUAAUUGAUUGCAUGCGAAAAGAAAGAGAUCAUACAUUUAUCACUGCUGGCGAGCGUAUCUCUGUGCAUGCUUUUUUUGCAAAAUGAUGUUCUAAAAGAAUUUUCUCAAAUAUUAACACCUUAUGCACAAACUUUUGUAGCAAGUCAAUUCGAAGAAGCAAUAGGUUUAAACCCUGUUGAAGAAAAUGAACAUCCAACCUUAGAAAUAUUAGGUCAUAAGGUGUUGAUAAGCGAGCAAAAGUGUCAAUGUAUAUUUUUUAAAUCAAUGGCAUUACCAUGUAAACAUAUGUUUGUUGCAAGGCGAGUGAAACAUUUGCCACUAUUUUCAUAUGAUGGCAUUGGUGUGAGACGGCUUAAGGCUCAUUCUAUUGAAAACCAUAGACUUUUCCAACACCAAAAUGAAAACCUUAGUCAUCUGGGAUUAGGUGUUAUUAAGGAAAGACCAUUGACACAAUCUGAAAAAUUUUAAAAAGCAUAUCGUCUUUCGCAGAGUUUAGCCCAAAUAGUCUCAGAAAGUAACAAUAAUGAAUUUGAAAUCAGGUUAAAUGUUCUACAAAAUCUAGCUAAAGUUUGGGAGGAAAAUAAAAGCAUAGAUGUGUCAAUCCUGGAAUCACCUGUGGAUUUUUUAAUAGAAACUAAUUUGAAUCACCCUGCUGAAAUAGGUAAGAAGAUAUUAUGUGAUGAUACUGGUAAAGAGAUGUUAUGUGAUGGUAUAAAAACUUUGUAUCCUCAAAACUCAUCAAAUAGUAUUGAUGUUGACUUCAAAUCUAAUGAAUUCUUUAAUCCAAUAGAUAUAAACCCAAGGGGUGUUUGUAGUUUCCUUACUUUAAAUGACUCGAAAUCAACUGACUCGUCAAAUUAACUUGUUAAUAGCUGUAAUUCAAAAAUUUCAAUACCCCAGCCUCUUACAAAAACAAAUUAUUUAUCUAAUAGUUCCACUGAAUUUGAGUGUAAAUUACACUUGCAAGAACAAAUGAUUUACUCCUCCCCUGAUCUUCAAUUGAACAAUGGUAGAAAUGAGUUAACUAGUGUUCAAAGCUUGGCUCUUGAUCAAAGUCCCACUCUUGAAAAUUUUAACACAAUAGUUAGUGAAAAUCAGAACAGUUGUGAUGCAGUAGAGGUCAUGCAAGCUGCAUGGUAUUUUUAUUGGAAGCUUGUUAACUGGAAGCAAUUAUUAUACUGAUAUAUCAUGACACAUUGAAAAUUUUUUAAAUUUGUCAUGACAUGCCUUAAUGAUAUGCCAUGAUAGAUGAAUUUUCUUGAAUUCAUAAAGCGCUCGCAACCUGCUAUAUCAACAUGAACUGAUUAAAAAAAAAGAUUAUUUCUAAAAUGUUAACGCAAUAAAGAAAGGUUAGUUUUUUUUUUCUUUACUUGUUUUUAUAGAUAAUAGUGUGGUAUAAAAUAGGAAAACUUUAAAUUCAUUAAGUGUUCAGUUACUAUUUUGUAAAAAGCCAUUUUAGUCUAAUUUCAGUUAAAAUAUAGAA